AUGAAUCGCAUCGAAACUAUUGCAAAUGAAAAUAAAACAAAAUUUAAGCAAUUGGAAGAAAGGUUUAACAAAUAUAGAUUGAAGAAUGAUAUCUUUGUUAAAAAUAAUAUUGAUUAUAAUUUAAUUGAACUGGAAAAUCAAAUCUCAAAUUUAUUUUAUUCCGAAGAAGGUGAAAGCGAAGUGAAAAAAAAGAACGCAAUGAAAUUUAUCUUAAAGGUUUUGG